AUGGCGCCUGUCAGCUUACUCGACUGCCCGGAUGAGCUUCUCGACAAUAUCGUCGAGCGCCUCCCGGGAAGUGCCAUCAAAGCUGUCCGCAAAAGCUGCAAGCGACUCAACCGAAUCGCUUCUCCAUACCUCUUCCCUGUCUUAUAUCUCUCCUGCCACCAGCUUGAUCUCGAUGUGUUUGAGACGGUUUCAGAGAACCCUCUUCUUAUCGGAGGUGUCCGCGAACUGGUCAUUGACGACACCACCGUCCCUCUUCCGGACACCAUACCCGACUGGCGCAGCUAUCAGAGAAUGGUCACCCUUCCCGAGGAUCCAGUGGAUCGGCGUUCUCAUCUUCAGCUGUACCCCGGUGACGCGCUCGAUCCUUAUGACAUGAGAGGCGAACCCUCGAAAGUAGUCCCUACCAGAGAGGGCUGGGAACUCUUCAGAUUGACCUCCAUGUGGCAUCAUGACAACCGCCUGGCUCACGCUGACGUCAAAGCCCUCAAGACAGCUCUUCCCCUGUUCAAGGAACUCGAGCGUCUUGUUGUCUCCAACCGCAAUGCGAACGACAGCUUUUCCAAGGGUGCCCAGAGCUGUGUUUCGGCAAGCCCCGUUGUGCAGAAGUGGAGGCGAUUUCAAGAGGAACACGGCGAGAUUGCUCCUCUUGCUCCGAGAUGCGAUUGGCAGGCCAGCGGGUUGGGUAUACGGGACAGGUCCCGAGUGAAUACCUUGGACUGGCUCAUGGAGCAUCUCGACGAUAUCAUGUCGAAUCUCUAUUACUUCACACUUGGGAGUGAAGACUUUUUCUCGGAAAUGAGCUUUGUCAAAACGGAAAAAUUCGAAAAGACCGAAUAUCAAUACGAGGCCCCCAGCUCCGAGCUCUUCGCUUUGGUCCGAGAGGCAAGAGUCAUGCAUCUUGCGCUAUUGGUCCUUGAAGAACCUAAGCUACAGUCCCAGCUCACCGAAUUUCGCGUCGACGCGUCUCACGAUACCCUGGUGAACUUUUGCCAGCCCGGCCUCCCAAUCACCUUAUUCGACAAGCAGUCCCCUUUCGUUGAGCGACUUGCGACUGGCUUCGCAUUGGCAAAGAACAUCACCAAGUUCCGCCUCGUUCUCAACGGUUGUGAGAACCACAGGUUUGCCGAGUGGAUCCUCAAAGAGGGCCGCGUAUCCCGCACACUUUCGUCUAUGCCUCAGUUAGAAGAUCUCUACCUUGAGCUUCACGGAUUGCCCGUCUUUUCGGCCCUCCCUGACAUGACCUUCCCACGACUGCGCUGUGUGCACUUCAGCUGCGGCCACUUACACCCAGACACACUUAUCGACUUCCUGGAGCGUCAGGGUAGCACAUUAAAGUCACUCAUCAUCGAGCAUUGCAGCCUCUAUCCGGAUGAUGGCUACGAUGGCCUCUGGCCUUAUGUGAUCGAAGAAUUGACCGAUUUUCACGAUAAAGGCAUCUUGAAGCUUGGGGAGGGAAUUAUCGACAAUGUAUUUGAAGCUUACCCAGUGCUUUCUAUGCUCUUGGCAUCAUCCAUGUCCACACUUGAUCUAUCUGUGAAAGUGAAGGGACCACAACGUUUGGGCUACGGACCAGGUGAAGCAGCAGACACCGUCCAAACCUCGGUGAUCCUGUUUACAUGCACCUCGUUCCUACCUCAGGCGCCCACAACAACUUCUCUCCUUCGCAUCCACAUCCGCUCUUCAAUCUCCCUCGCACACCAUCCAAAUCUCUCUCUACCCCCAAUCAUGGAGCCCUGCCAUCUCCUGAAGUUGCCCGACGAGAUACACGUCGCCGUGGCUGAGCUUCUUCCUCCAAACGCACUCAAAGCGGCGCGCGCAACUUGCCGAAAGCUCAACACCAUUGCUUCACCCUACCUCUACCCUGUCCUCUACCUAUCAUGCCACCAGCUCGACCUCGACGUGUUCCGACUUGUCGCAGGCAACCCGCUUCUCAUCAGCGGUGUCAAAGAACUUGUAAUCGACGAUACCACCUUGUCGCCUCGUCUCGCCGACUGGGAGGUUUACAAGACCGUGGCCUCCUACCCACACAUGUGGCCCGACAGGAAGAAGGCUUACUGCUGGCCAAACAAGUUCGACGAGGAAGGCCGUAUCUGGUCCGAUGAGCCAGACAAAGAAUUCCACGAUCUAUUCAAGUCUGUUCUCCAAGGCCACCACGAGAAUCGCCAAAGCCACGCCGACAUUGUUGCCCUCAAACAGGCCCUGCCUCUUUUCAAGUCACUGCAAAGCCUCGUGAUCAGCAACCGCACGGCCGAUGACGACUUUGACUUCGGAGCGCAGAGUGAAGAAUCGAGGAGCCCAGUUGUCAAGACGUGGAGGCGUCUUGCAGAAUCCAAGCGGGAGAGGCCUCCUUUUCCACCCAGGUGUGACUGGAUAGCACCGUGGCACGAGCCUGGUUUCAGAACCGAGGUGAUGCAGCUUGACUUUUUCAACGAUGAAUUGGACAAGGCCAUCAGAGAAUAUGGUCUCCCACCCCCCAACGGCGAGGAAAACGAACGUGAUUCGGAGAGUCAAAUCGUGAGAGGAAACCUUGAAAACAACAACAGGAACUGGCUCGAAGAGGAAAUAUUUUCCCGCGUUGUUGGGCGUGAGGCACGUGCCAUAUUCCUCGCCCUGGAAGUCCUCGGAUACCCAAGCAUACAUCUCACUGAGUUCAGAGUGGAUGCCUCUUCCCAGGUCGACGACACCUCAUCAUGGCAGCCUGGCCUCCCGGUUCUCCUCUUCGAUACCAACGAGUCGCCUUUCCCGCCAAAACUCGUUUCUUCUUUCUCCAGCUGCAACAUAACCAAGUUCCAUCUCGUUUUGAGCAACUAUUGGGAUGCAGGUACUGGUGAAUACAUAGGCGAGGACUCUCUAGCCCAGGGAAACGUCGCUCGGCUUCUUGCCUCUAUGCCACAAUUGAAAGACCUUCUUCUCGAGCCUCAUGGCAUGGCCAUUUUUUCCGCGGUUCCGGACGACGUCACGUUUCGCCAACUUGAGCACGUUGAGUUCAGCUGCGGUGAGAUAAACCCUCAGAAACUCGUCGGAUUCAUCCAGCGCCACGCGUCGACUAUCAAAUUUCUUACUAUCCAGCAUUGCUCCAUUGAUCUGGAUUUAUUCGAAGAUUCUUGGGAGGAAGUCAUGAUUGAAAUCCGCCUUAUUCAAGACGCAAAGGCUCUGGAUCUUUACGACGGGCUAGUGGCCGGUGUGUACGAUGGUGAGCCCUGUCAAGGGUGUGGACAGAACGGUACCCUCGGGAUUGACAGGGUAGGUUGGCUGAUUCGCCAUUGGGAGUUUGUGUUUUUUUCGUUUUGGAGACAGUACCAUGAGUAUCCGUGGGACUUGCAAAGUGAUGAGGAGGAGGAUGACAGCGAAGACGAUGUGGAGGACGGAAGCGAGGACGGCGAGGAUGAAUCAUCUGGCCAGUAA